AUGUCCACCACCAGCCACACGGCAGCUCCGUCCGGUGCCACUGAUGCCGUGCUGAAGCCGUCUGACCCUGUCCCUGACGGCGCUCGACAAGUGCAGGGCGUCGACUUCAACCACUAUGCAGCGCGCAGCAUCACCGUCGAGGAGCUCAUGGCCGGCUAUGCGCACAUGGGCUUCCAGGCCACGUCUGUCGCCGAAGCCGUGCGCAUCGUCAACGACAUGCGCGCAUGGCGCGACGCUGAAACUGGCGACAAGACGACCAUCUUCCUGGGAUACACGUCGAAUCUGAUCUCGUCGGGCCUGCGCGAGACGCUGCGCUAUCUCGUCGAGCACAGGCACGUCGCGGCCAUUGUCACGACCGCAGGCGGCGUCGAAGAGGACUUUAUCAAGUGCCUGGCGCCCACGUACCUGGGCGCCUUCUCCACCCCCGGCGCCGGCCUGCGCCAAAAGGGCAUGAACCGCAUCGGCAACCUCGUGGUGCCCAACAGCAACUACUGCGCCUUUGAGGACUGGGUCGUGCCCAUACUCGACCAGAUGCUGGCAGAGCAAGAAGCCAGCAAGACGACCGACGACCCGCUGCACUGGACCCCGAGCAAGGUCAUCCACCGUCUGGGCAGGGAGAUCAACGACGAGCGCUCCGUCUACUACUGGGCGUGGAAGAACGACAUCCCCGUCUUCUGCCCAGCGCUGACCGACGGCAGUCUCGGCGACAUGCUGUACUUCCACACGUUCAAGUCGUCGCCCGAGCAGCUGCGCAUCGACAUUGUCGAGGACAUUCGCAGGAUCAACACCAUCGCCGUCCGCGCAAAGCGGACAGGCAUGAUCGUCCUGGGGGGAGGCAUCGUCAAGCAUCACAUCGCCAACGCCAACCUCAUGCGCAACGGGGCCGAGAGCGCCGUCUACAUCAACACGGCGCAGGAGUUUGACGGCAGUGACGCGGGCGCCCGGCCAGACGAGGCCGUCAGCUGGGGGAAGAUCAAGCUGGACGGGGACAGUGUCAAGGUCUAUGCCGAGGCGACGGUCGUGUUUCCACUCAUUGUAGCCGCAACGUUUGCCAGAGUGCCCAAGACGGGAGAGGAAUCAUGA